AUGACUAAUAUGGGUGAAACGAUACAUACCGCUAUCGCCAGUCCAGAAUUUAUUUCUAAUAAUAAUGAGAAACAAGCUGUAGCAGUGUGCUUGGAACGCGUUUUGACCGUAAUCAAAAAUGAUGACCUGAUCGAUCAACACUACGAAAGAUUGAUCCGAAUUUGGGAAAUUUGUUUAGAACAGCCAUUAUCUUCAACAUCUAAAUACGAAGUGGAGCAUCCUCAUGUUACCAUUGCCACUGAUGUAGCGUCUUGCCUUUUCCAGAAAUACCAUAAGUCUGAAAUAAUGGAGAAGGCUGUUCCAGUUGCUUUCCAAUUUCUCCAUGAGAAUAAUCCUUCUCUUAUUCGUUUAAUAACUGUUCGAUUAUGCCGAGUAACGAUGGAUAUGCCACGUUUAGUCGCACCUCAUAGCCAGGAGAUUAUUAAUAUUCUAAAAAAGAUAAAAAUGCCGGUUUUAUGCCGAAUUUUGCCACAUAUCUUUAAUAAUUGUCCUGAUUUAAUUUCAUCUAACGUAAAUAUUAUUAUCCGUCAGCUCUCGAAAGCAGACGUUGUAGAGAAAGUUGCUAUUCUGCAGACAAUUGGAUUGAUUGCCAAGCAUAAACCGGAGGCAGUAAAAUCUUAUAAAGAUGUUUUGCUUCAGUACCUUGAUCGCAAUGACCUCAGCAUAUUAGUCUUGGCAAUAUGCGAAACUCUUGCUCAGCAUGAGCCAUUAAUCUUUUUCGAUAAUCUUUCGGACAUUACGGCAGCGUGUCGGAAAGAUCCAACACUUUUUGGCUAUGAAUUAGGUAUAAGGGUGGCGAUUGGUUUGAAUGAUGAGAAACACGCCAAAAAGAUGCUAUAUAAUAUGUCACAAAUGUUAAGGACUGAAGAAGAAGCAAAAUACCCCUUAAUUUUGGCGGAAAUGAAAAAAAUUGGUGAUAGUACCGCUGAAGAACCUACUAGUGAUGAUGUUAUGGAAAACAAUGAACAGAUUCAACAAAGUCGUACUACUCCACCAAUAAAGGAAGAGACAAAGAAUGUAACGGCCGCGAAGAGCGAUGAGAUACAAAAUGAGAAUAUGACAAAUGGAAUUAAAGAAAAUGGAGAAAUCGAGCAUGGAGAGCCUUCUCAUAGCAUGCGGUCAAGUCUAUCCAAUGCAAGCUUAAAUAGCGUUAUUCAUGCAAAAGAGCCGAAGAUUGCAAGCAAUACAGCUCCUGAAGAAGCCAAUUCUCUAGAUUUAAAUUCAAUAAAAAUUUUCGUUUCCGAAACGGUUCAAUCUCUUCCAAUUCUUAGAGCUUUCAGCAGAUCAUCUUAUGGAGAGCCGGAAAUUAUUUUACAUUUUAAAUGCACUAAAAGAAACCCAGGCUGCAUGUUUAAUGGCAAACAUUUUAGCGUUAAAACCAGCCAAGUAACAGAAUGGAUGAAGUAUUCAUUUUGUGCAAUGAAGGCGGGCAGAGCAAAUUGGAAGCAAAAUGGGAAAAGCUCUAAUGAAGUAAUUAAGAAUUUUGAGGUUGCAGUAAAUGAUCCCUUCAUUACGGCUCAGGAACGACGUGAAAUGCGUGAAGAAUUAGUAGAUAACCGAUUCUAUGAAGCAUUUCAGUUUAAUAAGACCAACAAAUCUUGGUAUUGUUUCAUCUGUUCCAAUCCUGAUAAAGCGGAAGAGCUCGUACGCGAUGGCAUUAUUUGGUUUGCUGGAAAAUUAAGAAAGAAAGGACAUAACUUUUCCCAUUUCUGGCAUGAGCGCUUCUUUACGUUAACUCAAGAUUCUUUAGUUAAUCGAAAGGAAAAUGAUGAUACCGACGUGAAAACUACUUAUUUGAAAGAUAUCUUGGCUAUUAGGCUCGCUGACAAUGCAAAUGAAGAUAAUCCAGUGUUUAUCGUUAAAACAGAAGAAAAGUCGAUGAUCCUAAGAGCUGAAGAUAUGAUUAUAGCUAACCGUUGGGUAUUGGCUGUAAACCUGGCUUCUAUUAUUGCUCAAAAUCAAGCACUUGAACUUGCUCCACGAUAA